GCCCGGCCCCGCCGCCAUGGCCUUCACGUUCGCCGCCUUCUGCUACAUGCUGGCGCUGCUGCUCACCGCCGCCCUCAUCUUCUUCGCCAUCUGGCAUAUUAUAGCAUUUGAUGAACUCAAGACAGAUUACAAGAAUCCCAUAGACCAAUGUAAUACACUCAAUCCUCUUGUACUUCCAGAGUACCUCAUCCAUGCAUUCUUCUGUGUUAUGUUUCUCUGUGCAGCAGAGUGGCUUACGCUGGGUCUCAAUAUGCCUUUGUUGGCUUAUCAUAUUUGGAGGUACAUGAGCAGACCCGUGAUGAGUGGCCCUGGUCUGUAUGAUCCUACAACCAUCAUGAAUGCAGAUAUUUUAGCCUAUUGCCAGAAAGAAGGAUGGUGCAAAUUAGCAUUCUACCUUCUAUCAUUUUUUUACUACCUAUAUGGCAUGAUUUAUGUUCUGGUGAGCUCUUAAGAAGACAUUCAGCAAGCUUUGUUCCAGUUAAGUGCAUGCAAAAGCCACAAAACAUGGAUUCUUUACAACGAGAACCUCUUACCAAGAUCAAAUACGGAACCUGAUGAUCGCAUUUGCGUUAGAAAACAAUGACUCCCCUAUUUUUAAAAUAUUUCCACAUUUUAUACUUGUGGAAAGACUGUUUUCUUAUAUUUUACUGGGACACUGAAAUUAAAGAAUUACGUGUAAAUUAAUAUAAAGAUUACUGGGUUUUGAAAAGUUUUGACUUUGCACUCCAUAAGGAACAGCCAUAAUCUUCAAGUAGGUAUUCGUUACUGACUAGCCUUAGUCCACUAGGGAUUUUCUUUAGGCUGGGCUUCGUAGUGGUUCGGUUGGACUUGCGUAUCCCACUCUAACUGUACAUCAGCUGUAGCUGCCGAGGGCUUGGGAAGGACCGGAGGCGCCCUGCGUUGGUCUUAAGAGAUGGAUUCAUGGACACAAGUGCAAAAAUAGGAGUUCUUUUGGUUUAUUUUGUUUCCUUUUUUUUUUUUUUUGUAUCUGGUUAAUCUUUCCCUGUAUAUGCAUGUGUCAGAGACUUCUGUAUAUUCUCCAAAAGUUAGCCUUGCUUUAAUCUCAAGCCUCUGUCAUUGUGGUAGGAGAAGUUGAAUUGUCCAUGAAGGAAUGAAUUUAAAUGAGGAUUAAUUUUUUUUUUUAAUGUCUGUGCUGUCUUAUUAACAAAUGGACAAACCAACAACCUUUAUCAAGUCCAAUGAUGAAAAUACUCUGAGUUUAAGAGUAAUACUACAGACCUUUUCAAAGCAGAAAGUGAGAUUGUGAAACUGCCCUGCUGUUCCUUAGUGCAAUAAAUAAUAAUAAAAAAAAAAUCUCAAAUUCAGAAACACUUAUUUUUACCUGGUGCCUUGUUUUGUUUUUGAAACUGAACAGAUCCUUGCUGUCUUCAUCUGUUUGUUUUAUGAUGGAUAAUUGCAUUACCUUUUAAAAAUAGAACACUGAAUUGUGUUAUGUCUGGAAAAGGGAAGCUCUGAUUUCCUGCUUUUUUUCUUUCUUUCAUGGGUCUGCAGAUAAAUAGUAGAUGGGGUGGGGGAAGAUGUUUCAGCUAAACUGAUAUUACUGCAUUGUAAAUUGUGACUGCGAACAGCUCCUUAAUUUAGGAGUCAUAAUUAGCAAUCUUUUUUCAUUUACCUGUGCUGGAG